AGAGAGAGAGGAGAGACAGAGAAUUUCAUUUCAUUUCAAUCCCUAAGAAAUACAAUAGAAAAUGGCAGAAAGUGAGGACAUUCAGCCCCUCGUCUGUGACAAUGGAACUGGAAUGGUCAAGGCUGGAUUUGCCGGAGAUGAUGCUCCGAGGGCCGUGUUCCCCAGCAUCGUCGGUCGCCCGCGCCACACCGGUGUGAUGGUUGGUAUGGGCCAAAAGGAUGCCUAUGUAGGGGAUGAGGCUCAAUCAAAGAGAGGUAUUUUGACUCUCAAGUACCCAAUUGAGCAUGGUAUUGUUAGCAAUUGGGAUGACAUGGAGAAGAUCUGGCAUCACACCUUCUACAAUGAGCUUCGUGUUGCCCCGGAGGAGCACCCGGUUCUCCUGACUGAGGCACCCCUCAACCCUAAGGCCAAUCGCGAGAAAAUGACUCAGAUUAUGUUUGAGACAUUCAACACCCCGGCUAUGUAUGUCGCCAUCCAGGCCGUCCUUUCCCUCUAUGCCAGUGGACGUACGACUGGUAUCGUUCUUGACUCUGGAGAUGGUGUGAGCCACACGGUUCCCAUCUACGAAGGCUAUGCCCUUCCACAUGCCAUCCUCCGUUUGGAUCUUGCAGGGCGUGAUCUCACGGACGCCCUGAUGAAGAUCUUGACGGAGCGUGGUUACUCUUUCACCACCACAGCCGAGCGGGAAAUUGUGAGGGACAUGAAGGAGAAGCUAGCCUACAUCGCUCUUGACUAUGAGCAGGAGCUGGAGACGGCAAAGACCAGCUCAGCUGUGGAGAAAAGCUAUGAGCUACCUGAUGGACAGGUGAUCACCAUCGGUGCUGAGAGAUUCCGAUGCCCUGAAGUCCUCUUCCAGCCAUCGAUGAUCGGGAUGGAAGCUGCUGGUAUCCAUGAGACCACAUACAACUCCAUCAUGAAGUGUGAUGUUGAUAUCAGGAAGGACCUCUAUGGCAACAUUGUCCUCAGUGGAGGAUCCACCAUGUUCCCGGGUAUUGCUGAUCGGAUGAGCAAGGAGAUCACAGCGUUGGCUCCGAGCAGCAUGAAGAUUAAAGUUGUUGCACCACCGGAAAGGAAGUACAGUGUCUGGAUUGGAGGGUCCAUUUUGGCAUCCCUCAGUACCUUCCAACAGAUGUGGAUUGCAAAGGCAGAAUACGAUGAAUCUGGCCCGUCGAUUGUUCACAGGAAAUGCUUCUAAUUAUGUUGAUCAGAAGAGGUGGGUAAGCAAUCAAGAGAACUCACACUACACAUUUUGUAUUACAAAGAGGCUUCUAAUUAAGUGGCUGCAUAAUUUCCUUUUUCCUAUUUCCUUCCAAUUUUUCAUUCAUGUUUAUUUCUCUGUGUUCCUCUUUUUAUUAUGUUGGGAAAUUGAGCAUGGGGUUGAGCAAAUUAUGAUUAAGAUUAAUUUUUUUUCAAACUACUUUGUAGAAAAAGUUGUGUAUUGUUCACUCAUUUGGUCUGGUUGAAUUGGAAAUUCUUUUUAUUAUAUGAUGUUUGAUGUUAAAUUAUAAUUAAUAAUUUUUCCCUUUAA